AUGGAAUCCCCAUCACUAGAAGUCAAUGAGAUCAAUGUGAUCACUCUCAAUUGUUGGGGUCUCAAGUUUAUCUCGACCCUACGGAAUGAACGUCUUACGGAAAUUGGGCAAGCCAUUGGGUCUGCAAGUCCUACACCCCAUAUAGUUGGUCUACAGGAGUGUUGGACACAGGAAGAUUACAAGAGCAUACGAAAGGAAACUAAGCAUAUUUUACCUUAUGGAAAGUUUUAUCACAGUGGCAUAUUUGGAGGGGGCUUGGCAAUUUUGUCUAAAUGGCCAAUCGAAGAGAGCUCGAUGUUCAGGUAUCCUCUGAAUGGCAGGCCUACGGCGUUUUUCCGAGGCGAUUGGUUUGUUGGAAAGGGUGUUGCUGGUGCCAGAAUUCGAUUUGGACAAGGGCUAAAAGAUAUUGUGGAGGUUUUCACUACACAUCUCCACGCGCCUUAUGAAACAGAGCCAAACGAUUCGUAUAUCUGCCAUCGAACAGCACAAGCAUGGGAAAUAGCGAAACUCAUGAGAGGUGCCGCAGAGCGUGGACAUUUAGUUCUUGGCCUAGGAGAUUUCAAUAUGAUACCAUUAUCCCUCGCCCAUCGACUCAUCAGUACACAUUCACCCACUCGAGAUGUCUGGAUGGUCUUGCAUCCUGAUUGCUCUAUCGGUGCUGCGAUUGAUGAAGUCGAAAAGGCUCGAAGACGCCCAAUACCAACUGCGGAAUUCAAUUUAUCGGAAAACGGUGCAACUUGCGAUAGCGUGUUAAAUACUUGGCGUUGGAACAAGGGAGAACAAAAACGUCUUGGUCCAAAUCGCCCAGAGAUUGAGAUCCCGGGCGACACGCCUGACCCUCGUGCGAAACGACUGGACUAUAUCUUCGCCAACACAUGUUUCGAUGAGAACAAUCCAUCAGCAGGAGGAUGGAUUGUAAAAGAUGCACGUGUUGGCAUGCUGCAACGACAUUCCAAAUAUCAAUGCUCAUUGAGUGAUCAUUUCUCCGUCGAAGCAACAUUGGUACAUACAAAAUAUGCGUCACCAACCGAACAGAAAAUACAAAAUAAAUCCGCCGUUUCUAAUGGUGUCUACCUCCAGACCGCCCCCUCAGAAUCUCAUCUCCUCAGUGCUCAUACACAACUUAAAACUUCUUCAUCACCUCCAUACCUGCCCAUCUCAACAUACGAUGAAAUCAUCGCCAUGAUUCAUACCUACCGACUCCGGGAACGUCGUCAAAGACGUCUUCGUUUAGGCCAUUUCGUCGCUUCGGUAUUUAUUAGUAUAGGUUGUUUUAUCGCUGUUUGGUGGAGUCCUCGAAAUUUCGUUGCAUUUAUACUCAUGCUAUUAAGUAGUUUGGGACUUGGAGCGGGCGUUAUUGAUGGGUUAAUUGGUGGGCUUUUUGUAGGGAGCGAGAUUAGAGCACUUAAGGAGUUUGAAUGGGAAAUUAGUAAUGCAAGGGCGGCGGCUAAUGGGGAACCGCUUGAUCUCGCUGAGGAGGGUAUCCAGGAUUGGUAG